CCACCCCCCCUUUCCAACCCGAAGGCCCGUUCCUCGGACGCCGCGCCUCCCGCUUAAACCCCGCGGCGGGCGGUAACCCAGCGGUGCAGCACCGCCACCGCCACCGCCGCCGCCGCCGCAGCACUAGACCAGUGUGGCAGCACGUACGCCUCGUGCUGCACGGUUGAACGGUUGGCGCUCGCGUCCUCGUUCGUACGCCGCGCCAUGGUGGCCGGGCGCGUCAAGGCGGCCAUGGGCUUCCAGCGCAGCCCCAAGUCGCCGGCGCCGGCGCCGGAACCGGCGUCCCCGUCGCGGACGCCCGGCCGGGCGCCCCCGCCGGGCUCCGCGUCGCCCUGCGACCCGGCGCCGUCCAAGGCGUCGGCGCUCGCGCGGUCCUUCGGCUCCUACUUCCCGCGCUCGUCCGCGCAGGUGCGCCCCGCCGCCGCCCGCGCGCCGCCGCAGGUCGCGGAGCUGCUGCGCGCCAUCGAGCAGCUCCAGGAGCGGGAGGCGCGCCUCCGCGUCGAGCUGCUGGAGCACAAGAUCCUCAAGGAGACCGUCGCCAUCGUGCCGUUCCUGGAGGCCGAGCUCGCGGCCAAGAGAGCCGAGCUCGAGAGGUGCAGGGAGACCGCGGACCGGCUCGAGGCCGAGAACGCGCGCCUGUGCGCCGAGCUCGACGCCGCCGCGCUCGAGGUCACGAGCAGGAAGCAGAGGAUCGUCGAGAUGGAGAAGGAGGUGGCGGAGCUCAGGAGGCAGCAGGAAGAAGCUGCGGCGGCGGCGGCGGCCGAUGACUGCUCCUCGUCCGCUUCGGCGUCGAACGAGCAUCUCGAGACCUCCAGCGCCGCGCCACGUCAUGCGAGUUUAGCUCAACCUGGAGCUGAGCGGCCGCACAUCCAGCCGCCGACACCGGCACCACCAGCGCCUUUCAAGCCCAAGUCGUACUUCUCGGCCUCGUCGACCCCCUCGCCCGCAAGUUCGUCGCCACCCUCGCCGUCUUCCUCCACGUCGGCCUCACCAUCAUCGCACUCCCGCUCGUCCUCGGACGCGGCGGCUGCGCCGCGACCCCGCGUGCCAGAGCUCUCGAAGCUGCCGCCGAUCCCCCCGCCCCCACCGCCCUGCCCUCCUCCACCACCGCCACUGCCGCGCGGCACGAGCAAUCGCUCCUCACCCUCCGCUCCUCCCGCCGCCCCGCCUCCCCCUCCCCCUCCCCCUCCGGCGAGGAGGCCGCUCGGCGCCGCGUUCCUGCCGGCGGGGGCGGCGUCGCCGGGGCAAUGCGUGAGGCGCGUGCCGGAGGUGGUGGAGUUCUACCACUCGCUGAUGCGGAGGGAGUCCAAGCGGGACGGCGCCGCCGCAUGCGAAGGAUCAAACGGCGGCGGCGCGGCGGCGGCGCGCGACAUGAUCGGCGAGAUCGAGAACCGGUCGGCCCACCUCCUCGCGAUCAAGUCGGACGUGGAGAGGCAGGGCGACUUCAUCCGGUUCCUCAUCAAGGAGGUGGAGGGCGCGGCGUUCGUGGACAUCGAGGACGUCGUCACCUUCGUCAAGUGGCUCGACGACGAGCUCUCGCGCCUGGUGGACGAGCGCGCGGUGCUGAAGCACUUCGAGUGGCCGGAGCACAAGGCGGACGCGCUCCGGGAGGCGGCGUUCGGCUACUGCGACCUCAAGAAGCUGGAGGGGGAGGCCGUUGCCUUCCGCGACGACGCCCGGCAGCCCUGCGCCGCGGCGCUCAAGAAGAUGCAGGCGCUCUUCGAGAAGUUGGAGCACGGCGUGUACAACCUCGCCCGCGUCCGGGACGCCGCCACGAGCCGGUACGCCCGGUUCCAGAUCCCGUGGGAGUGGAUGAAGCAGGACGCCGGCAUCGUCAGCCAGAUCAAACUCCAGUCGGUGAAGCUGGCAAUGAAGUACCUGAAACGGGUUUCCUCUGAGCUCGAGGCGAUCGAGGGAGGCCCUGAAGAGGAGGAACUGAUGCUGCAAGGAGUACGGUUCGCCUUCAGAGUACACCAGUUUGCGGGCGGAUUCGACGUGGACACCAUGCGAGCCUUCCAGGAGCUCAAGGAGAAGGCGUCCAUGUGCAGGAUGCAACGGCAGAACCAGAACCGUCACCUGCGGCAGCACAGGCUCGUUGCCAGGACCUGAACAUCGGAGCAUCGCGUCCUCGUAUGGUUGGUCGAUGUGUCAUGCGCCCAUCACCUCGUCGUCACCACAGCGGCAUAGUAUGAUUUGUUGAUUGCUUUUCCCCCUUCCUUUUUGCGAGGAUUAGUCGGUUGCUGAU